ACCGUUUUUAAUGAAGAAGGACGAUGAAGACGAAUCUGGUAACGACCAGUUUGAAGGCUACUGUGCUGACCUGCUUACCUACCUUUCGAAUAAAAUUCAAUUUAAAUAUCGAAUUCAAAUCGUGGCAGAUCAACAGUAUGGAUCGAACAUCAGUGGAACAUGGAAUGGCAUGAUAGGAGAGGUUAUGACAGGGAAAGCAGAUAUGGCCGUAGCAGGUUUAACUAUUUACGCAGAGCGUGAAAAAGUAGUACUCUUCACAAAACCGUUUAUGAAUAUCGGAAUUAGCAUUAUGUUCAGCAAACCUCAUCAUUCAACACCAGGCAUUUUCUCAUUCUUGAAACCACUUCAAGCGAACGUGUGGACGUGUGUUGUAUUUGCCUACAUCGGAGUUACUGUAGUGCUUUACCUGGUCACCCGAAUCAGCCCGUCCGAAUGGAAUUUGUAUGAAGUUGAACCGGAGACCUGUAGUGAGAAAUCGGCAAAUUCUAAAGAGAGUCCUAUAUAUUUUAACAUGUACAAUAGUGUAUGGUUCUCUUUCGGAGCUCUGAUGCAACAAGGUGGAGAGGUCACUCCAAG